CGCUCUCACCCACCCUUCCACCCACCUUGACACCCAUCCACCCACCUGGCCGAUGGACAGAUAAAGGCGGCUAAGCUUUGUUUAAGAGGCUACCCGGUCCGUUCCAUCUCGUUAAUAUAUAUUCAGUGGACACGAAAGCCUCGAUAGCUGAAGAUUUGACUCACCGUGUAAUUUACAACACGAAGCCUCAGAGAUGCGGCUCUGAUAGCACACGGGCAUAUUAAGGAUGUUAAAACCACUUAGCAAAGACCAUACUUGUACAAGUCAUCAUCGCGAGAAGGAGAAACAGAUUUUCCGAGGCCUUCGAGGAGAAAUAGAUUUACUGAGGCACUCGAGGUUAACAGAUACAGAACUCUGCGUUUAACACAAACGAUGGAUUUACGCGUUCGGAUGGACGCUUUGUUUCUGAUAGCAUGGGGAUUGCUGCUGUUAGAUGAAAUGACUUUAGCACAAGAAGGCGUUGACUGGCCAUGCGGAUACUCGAGCCUUGAAUGUGAUAACUUAAACCGGUGGGAGCUGGGGCCGUGUGAGGACAUCUACUUUGUUUGCAAGAACACUGUAGAAGGCAUGAAGUGGGUGAUGAAGAUGUGCAUUGUGGGACAGCAGGGGAUGUGCAGGACGGUGACAUACCAGUCAAGUUUCUUGGAUGAUUAUAUGUGCAUGAAUUUUUGUGGUUUAGACCCUGUAAUUCGGCUACCAACGACUACUACCGCACCAUCAACUACUGCGUCAACAACAACAACAACAACAACUACCCGAUCAACAAGCACCCGACCAACGACAACGGUUCGACCUUCCACGACUACCCGACACACGGCGGUCCGACCGACGGUUUUCCGACCUAUAACUACCCGCCCAACACCAACACACCCGAAAACUACCCAUCCUGCUAUCACAAUACCCAGCAUUAUUUACCCCACACUUAUAAUUCCCACCAGAUCAACGUCAGCUGUCCCCACAUCUACAACCAGACCCACGACUACAACUAGACGGUAUCCCAUCACUUCUCAACCGACGAAAUCAAGCACAACGGCACAGUCUUCUACAACAACAGAAAAUGGCGGAAACACACAAAACCCAAACAAUUCAAUGCCAUCUUCAACUAUUACAUCUACCUCUCCAACUGCGAGAAGACCCAGUGUUUUGCCGUUUGAUGAAAACAGUUAUAACAGGCCAACAACUGGCGAAAGCAUUGCUACAGGGAGCACAUCUACCGCAAUUACACCGAUUGCGACCGGCACAACUGAGUAUGUCACAACUAAUGCAACCUCGGACACUACAAGCAGCACUUCUCAGGAUUUGGUUCUUACUACCAGGAAAGACACCGGCCUGAGUGAUAUCCCGAUAACUGUAUUAAAAGGAGACGAGAUAAGUGAUGGCGCCGUAGCAGUAACUGACGACACAGGAUUUAUAAUUGGUGGUGCUUUAGGAGGUGUCUCUUUGCUUGUGUUGUUAUUCAUUGCCGUCAUUUGUGUGAAAAAUUCGGAGUCUCUUGGAAGGUGUAAUAAGUCCAAAGACACUCCUGAUAUUAGGGAAAUCAUGCGAAAUAGGCGGCCUGAAGAUGGCGCUUUGGGCUAUCCAAACUACAUCGAUAACUCCAUAAUAACGGUUCCCCCAAGACGGGCCAUCCUCAGUAACGACAAAUCCCAGACGUACUUGUACGAGGUGCCAUCACGGGGGUCAGUUGGAAGCGCUAACAGCUACCAAGUUUUACUCAGUGAUAACUCCCUAUACGAUCCCAGCACCGGGGAACCUGUUUAUUCUGUCCUGGAGGAAAAGUCAACUCCCGCCAGACGUGAAGGGAACGCGCGAGACAGUCUACAAUCCUUUAUUUAUGUAGGAGGCCCAGCGACGUCUGAAAAUGGAGACUACAGUGAAAUCAACUCUCAGUCUGGUAAUUCGGAAUAUUCGCAAGCGCGUGGGGACAUGCCUUAUAGGGGAGUUUCUUCAUUCAAGAGCGAUUCACCGAGGCUAUAUAACACCGUAUCGUCGAUAAAGAGCACUGCUUCCAAGCCCCGUAAUGGUGAGUCCUCUUUGAGGAAUAACGGACCCAGGCUCUACAACGGUAGCUCCUCUUUGAGGAGUAAUCCAGCUAGGCCCUGUACUAGCGGAUCAUCUGUGAAGGACACUUCAUCUAGACCUUGGAACUCUUUUAGAAGAAAUGCAUCCAACCCGUACAACGGUGUUUCAAGCUUCAAAGGAAAAAUACCAGAAUAUUUGGAAGUCAUUGACGGUUCUCGUAAUAGUUCUAAUCGGCCUAGCGGCAACGAUAAUUCCCAAGGGCAAACUAUGUCGAAACCUGUGGAAGAGCACGACUAUUUCGUACUGGAAAAUCCCGAGGAAACGUCUCAAAGUCCCAGUGGCUCUGAAAUAAUACACGACUAUUAUGAGCUAGAAAACCCAAAUGAAUAACUUCCAUCAGAUUUUCUCAGAAGUGACGCAACUUUCUUCAUUCGUUACAGCUGUGAUGUAUCAUAUCCAGUCCAGACGUCCAUUUAAAUAGUAUGAGAGGCAAAUCAAAUGGUUAAGGCCAUAAGAAAGUUUAUAGGAAGUAAACCUUGUAUACUGUAUACUGUAUACAGCAAAGAACUUGUAAAUUACGUGUCUACAUCAUGUCGUAUUGCCUGUAUGACUUUAACGUUAACUUUCCUGAAACAGUUUUUAAAAUGGCGGUAGAAUACUUUCAUGGCCAUAAGUUGUCGGUGCGUUUUGGUGCCGUAAGUGGUGUUGAAAAGUGUUGUUAGUAGUGUGGUAAAAAUUGAAAGUAUUCAUAUAGAUGGUUAUAAUCACUAAUAGGAGCUAGUAUUCUUCCAGAUAGAUAUAUCGGGUAGAACACUGUAAUUAAUAGUAUGAUUUCCUUAUAUUUUCCUAUUAUCAGAGAAUAAAAACGUACAAAAUGAA